AUGGCUUCCAGGUUAGAGGAAGAUCUCUGCUGUCCGGUCUGUCAGGAAGUCUUUAGAGAUCCUGUUGUUCUGUCCUGUAGCCACAGCUUCUGCAAAGCCUGUCUGCAGACCUGGUGGAGAGAGAGACCAUCACGAGAGUGUCCAGUCUGUAAGAGAGAAUCUUCAAGAAGAAAUCCCCCUUGUAACCUGGUGUUGAAGAACCUGUGUGAGGCCUUCUUACUGGAGAGAGGUCAGAGACCUCCAGAGGCUCUCUGCAGUCUGCACUCUGAGAAACUCAAACUCUUCUGUCUGGACCAUCAGCAGCCAGUGUGUCUCGUCUGCAGAGAUUCAAGAACACACACCAACCACAGAUUCAUACCCAUGGAUGAAGCUGCUCAGGAUCUCAGAGAGGAGCUCCAGAAAGCUCUGCAGCCCUUUCAGGAGAGACUGAAGCUCUUUGAAGAAGUUAAAGUGGAGUUUGAUCUCACAGCAGGACACCUGAAGCUCCAGGCUCAACACACAGAGACGCAGAUUAAGGAGCAGUUUAAGAAGCUUCACCAGCUGCAGCGCCCCCUGCUGGAGGAUCCUCAGCUGCCCUCAGGAGCUAUGAUAGACCAGGCCAAACACCUGGGCAACCUCAGCUUCAACAUCUGGAGCAGGAUGAAGGACAUGGUGUCCUACUCUCCUCUCAUCCUGGACCCAAACACUGCUGAUCUAACCUUCAUCCUGUCUGAAGAUCUGACCAGUUUGAGCGAAGUAAAAGAGAGACAUGAACUUCCUGAUAAUCCAGAGAGGGUUGAUAUACACAUCUCUGCCCUGGGCUCUGAGGGCUUUAACUCAGGGACUCACAGCUGGGAUGUCCAGGUUACAGACUGUACAUUCUGGGAACUGGGUGUGUUAGAAGAGUAUGUCCAGAGGAAGGGAGACAUAAAUUCUGGAUUAUCGAUGAUAUGUUUCGAAUAUGGUGAAUACGCAGCAUGUUCACCACCAAAUCCAAACAUUCGUCUCCGUCUGAAGAAGAAGCUCCAGAGG